GCACCCUUCUUACUCGCUGAUUUUUUGGUAUAUGUCCUAUUUUCAUUUAAAAAAAUUGUAUAAAAAUUUAUUUUAUUCUUCAUAAGAAUUAAAACAUCUACUUUUUUUUCAAAAUAUUAUCAUUUGAGUAUCCCUAUUCAAGAUUGCUAAAAAUUGAAUAGUUCUACAAUUUGGCAAACUCUUAGUUUAUUUGUUGUCUCUGAAAGUUUAUUUGCUUAGUCGUUACUUACUAGUUUCGUUAAGUUUGUUUUUCGUGUUCACAAAUAUUUAUCAUGGAAGACAAAGAACGUACACUUUUCUGUGGGAAUUUGUCGGAGAAAGUGACUGAAGAUAUUUUGUAUGAACUUUUUCUUCAGGCUGGUCCCUUGGAAAAUGUAACUAUUCCCAAAGAAAAAGACGGACGGCCACGAAAUUAUGCCUUCAUAGCUUUCAAGCAUCCAGUUUCUGUUCAGUAUGCUGUUGCACUUAUGAGUGGUAUAUCAUUAUAUGGCAGGACUUUGCGGUUAGAUGCCAGAUCUGGUUCAGUUGAAGCUAAUCCAUAUUUACAGAAACUUCAGCAAUAUUCAAAGGCAAGGGAAAUGCAACAUAACAACCAUGGGUAUUAUCCACAGAAUGACAAUCGAUAUCAACAGCCUAACAGUUAUAACAGCCCUCAAGCAUAUCCUGUAUUUAAUCAACAACCUUUCUUUUCUCGCCAGUUAGUAUUGCCACAACCUGUAAAUAAUCAAUUUAAUUCAACACAUCGGAGGUAUGAUGAUUAUGGAAGCUCAAGAUCUGGAUAUCGAUACUAAAUCUUGUAGGGAAAGUGUCUCUUCAAUUUUGCAUCCUUAACAAUGGUAAUUCCCCUUGCAUCAAAUUUGUGACAUUAUUUCAUUGCAUCAAUAAAUGGUACAAAAGAAUAUUCAUUUUUUAAAUGUAAAAUAAUAAGAAAAUUUGUACUAAGUAUAAACAGAUAAUACACUCCAGGGAAAUGUGUAUUAUUGCAUCAAUUUAUGAUUUAAAAUUAAGUUUGUUUUGGUCAUUUACCUUAUUGAACUGUUGAAUAUCCUUGUAUGGGGAGCUUUUUUUUGCUGUAUAAAAUUAUUGUAUAAAAAUUUAUUAUUGUAUGAAAAUCAGUUUGAUUUUUUGUGUAAAAGUUAUAUACAGUACAAAGUCCCAUAUCCGGAUGUCCGUUUACCAGAAGGGUCUCUUUUUCCGGACACUUUUUAAAUAUCAAAAUAAACGAAACUCUUCCCUUUUCAAAAUUUUUAUUUUUAUUUCUUACACUUGCGAUUUGUGUUUUUUUUAAAAAGUAUGCUGGAAUGAGAAUCCUCCACUUUUCUGCAUCUUCUGAUUUUUGUUUGAUUUUAAUCAGAUUUCUGCUACAAUAUGAAAAAAAUUUUUUAUCACGGAAAUGAAAUCUCAUAUUUUACUACUGCAUGGAAAAAAACGUGUGUCUUUUUUCUUACGUCUCACAUAAAAGGAACAUUACUGCCGAGAAUCACACAAUUUCAGCGCUAAUCGAGUGGGUUGAGAAAUGAUUUUUGGUAUAUUAUAAUGGCAUAUUAAAAUAUCGAGAUUUUAAGAACCAUGUGGAAAUUAGCGAAAAUAGCGCAAUGCCGCAAACCACAUGGAUUUAUUCGUUGUUAAUUGAAAUAGGCAAUAAUUAUAGAUUAUUAGUUAUUUUUUAUUGAAUAAGGAUGUUUUGAUGUUUGUUUACCUUAAAGAUCUAUUAUCCGGAAAAAUCUAUAUUCCAGACUUGCUGAAGUCCCGACGAUUCCGGAUGUGGGACAUUUCCCUAUAUAUGUUAUUAUUAUGAAAUAAAAAAAUUGUGAUGUUUGA